CUGUAGAAAAAAACUAUCCCAAAAAGAUCACCCCGGAGAAGCCUACCUACGCUCUCCAUCUUCCUCUUGGAUUAGGAAUUUUCUCCUUCCAUAAAUCCUCCACUCACUCAACCCGCCGCCCCCCCUUCCCCCCGUAGUAUCUCUCUUAGGGUUUCCGGUUUUCCGAUCUACUCUCUUAGGGUUUCAGGUUUUUCUAAUUUUUGCAUCAGUUCGCGGUUUUCGAUUUUGUGUUGUUUGUUCUAGAAGAUUAGGAUUUCUUUGUUUCGGGGAAAUUUUGCGAGAUGGUGACUUCGGAGGCGCCGACGAAGCUGUAUGGUGUGACUAAGCCGUUGUCGAUGGCGGGGCCGACGGAGGUUGAUUUGCAGAGAACUCGGGAAUUAGAGAAGUUUUUGGUUCAAGCGGAGCUUUAUGAGAGCAAAGAGGAAGCUGCCAAGAGAGAAGAGGUUUUGGGUCGAAUUGAGCAGGUUGUAAGAGGUUGGGUGAAGCAACUUACUCGUUUGAGAGGUUACACUGAUCAAAUGGUGGAGGAUGCAAAUGCAGUCAUUUUCACCUUUGGCUCCUAUCGUCUAGGCGUUCAUGGGCCUGGAGCUGACAUCGACACUUUAUGUAUUGGCCCAUCCUAUGUGAACCGAGAGGAAGAUUUCUUCUUUGUGCUAUACAAUAUCCUAGCAGAAAUGGAAGAAGUUACAGAACUACAGCCAGUUCCAGAUGCUUAUGUCCCUUUAAUGAAAUUUAAGUUUGACGGAAUAUCGAUUGACCUUCUCUAUGCAAGCAUCUCUGUUUUGGUUGUUCCUAAAGACCUUGACAUCUCUGACAUGUCAGUAUUAUACAAUGUUGAUGAGCCUACUGUGCGAGGUCUUAAUGGCUGCAGGGUUGCUGAUCAAGUUUUGAAACUUGUUCCAAAUGUUGAGCAUUUUCGCACAACUCUUCGAUGUCUAAAGUUCUGGGCUAAAAGGCGUGGUAUUUAUUCCAACGUGACUGGAUUUCUUGGUGGUGUCAAUUGGGCUCUUCUUGUAGCUCAAAUUUGCCAACUUUUCCCUAAUGCAGUACCCAGUAUGCUUGUUUCACGGUUUUUUAGGGUUUAUACACAGUGGCAUUGGCCAAACCCUGUUAUGCUAUGUGCAAUUGAAGAGCAUGAACUUGGAUUUCCUGUGUGGCAUCCUCGUAAAAAUCCUCGUGACCGGACUCAUCUUAUGCCGAUAAUAACACCUUCUUAUCCAUGCAUGAAUUCUAGCUACAACGUCUCAAUAAGUACCCGUCGUGUUAUGAUGGAGCAGUUCCAAUAUGGUAACAAGAUCUGUGAGGAGAUAGAGCUGAACAAUACCCAGUGGAAUGCCUUGUUCAAGCCAUACUUGUUCUUUGAGAGCUACAGAAACUAUCUGCAGAUUGACAUUGUUGGAGCUGAUGAUGAUGACUUGCGUGCUUGGAAAGGUUGGGUGGAAUCUCGUCUAAGGCAGCUUACUUUGAUGAUUGAGCGUGACACAUAUGGGAAGUUGCAGUGCCAUCCUUAUCCUUAUGAGUAUGUGGAUACAACGAAGCCAUGUGCCCAUUGUGCAUUUUUUAUGGGUUUGCAGAGGAAAUCGGGGGAAAAAGUUCAAGAAGGCCAGCAGUUUGACAUACGUCGGGCAGUUGAUGAGUUCAUACUUUCAGUAAAGAUGUAUAGGUUUUGGAAACCUGGAAUGGAGAUCAAUGUUUCUCAUAUUCGUAGGAGGCAGAUUCCUUUGUUUGUAUUUCCAGGUGGUUGUAAACAACCUCGUAAUCUGAAGCCGACUCCCUUUGACCAGUCUGGUAAACUAUCUGAUGGCAUUGAUGGUGCAUCUCAAACAGGAUCAGGUGGGAAACACCUUAAGAGGGAGAAAGAUCCUUAUGGAGGAAAUAGUGAAGAAUACAGGCUGGAGAAACGUCAAUGUCCUCAGAGACCUGAUUUGGUAGCUUUGGAGAUUGAUAGCGGCAGGUUAUUGGAGUGUGCUUCGUCUGCUCAAGGGGGAAUGAGUACAAUUUCUAGUGAGGGCACAGAUCAGAAGAUACAACACCUGCAGAACAGUGAGGGUAGAAGUUUCUCAGAUUCCAGUGUUGUCACAUGUGCUUCAUAUGAGGAUGUAGGAAUCCAAAGUGAAUCAGCAGCUUGUGGUAGCGAGGAGAACAACAGAAGUGAUGAUGGAAGCAUGGAAGGCAGUAAUAACCCAGCAUCUUCUCGGAGUGACUCAUUUGAUGUGGAUUCUGAAUUCUGUUCUGACAAUGCACAUGUUGAGGGAGAUGGGGUCUUUCAAGAUGCAUUGCAAGAAAAGUUAGAGGUGAAGCCAAAUGCUGCACUUAAAGUGGUAAUUGAAACCAUCAGCGAAUUAGACUCAGAAGCUGUGCAGAAACCAGUCAGAAGGCAUGUUCUUCAAAACUUGAGCAAUUUUUUUAUAUUGUUUCUUUUACAAUUUUAUUAUCAUGCUUUCUUUUUUCCACUUAUUUUAAUCGCAGGUCGAGCUUGGCAUCAACAGCAUGAGUGUAAAAGAAGUUGGAGAAGCAGAGAAGAAAGACAGAAAGCCAGCAGUUCUGGUAAGUGUAGCUUUUGUUGCUGGCUUUCGUUUCUUCUAUUAUUUUCAGGCAUCUAUGGUCCAGUGGCUCUUUCAUCCUCAGUGGAAUUAAGAUUUCACCAUCUAAAUAUAUCUCUUCACAUAGUUUUAGACUGUUACAUAUACAGUUUCCUUUGUGCUGGCUGUUCUGUCUUUCUGGGAGGAGGGGAAAUAGUUUUUAAAAAAAAAAAGAGUGAAAAAUAUGGUAAGAUUAGAAAAAAAAAAAAUGGAGGGGUGAGCAUGGACGGAUGGAGGUAAGAUUGUGAUCUGUUCGUGUUCUCUAGUAGUAAUUGCUGGAAUUUCUGCAAGGUGAGCCAGACGCACCUGAAAAUUUUGGUUCAACAAUUUAGAAUCUUGGUUGUUCCAGUGGUGUGGGGUUUUAGCUUGAGUUAAGUUGGUGGGAUGGGUUCAGAACUUGAGAUGUGUAUUGGACAAAUGAUCAAGUUCUCUUGAUCGUAUUUAGCAUGGUAGGCUGGGUGGUGCUUUUAUCCAUGCAACCAUAUGUAUUUUCUUUCGCAAAUAAAUAAUAAAAAUAAUACUAUUUAGAUGUA